UAUUUUUAGAUCCUUUCCCACUCGUAUUUUAAUUACGAGUACAAUUAAUUUAAUAAACCAUGGAUGGCUCGGACUUUUCUAGGUUAAGUAUAAAAUAAAUACUUUGGGGACACCUUUGAAGAACUUGGAAACGAGAAUUGAAAAUGAAAAAUUAAAAAUAAUCACCACUCUUCCUUCUCUCUCUAUUCACCGGCUAACCCUGUCGUAAAAACAAACUAUAAAACCACCUUCCUCCCUCCCUCUUUUCUCCGCCAUUAACAAACCUUCAAAAACCUCCAUUUUUCCACCUUAAUUAUGGGCGACAACAAUCGAAAGAGAAAGCGAAGUCGCAAACACCAAUCCUCCGAAACCCUAGAAACUUCUCCUCCGGCAACCACCACUUCCGCCGCCUCUUUCGACCAAUCCGACGUCGUUCUCUCCGCCGACCACUCCGACCAACCCACUUCAUCUCGCCGCCGCCACCGCCGCGGAGGUCGUUCCCGGAAAUCCCCAGAUAGUUCCGAUGAGCAGCAGCAACCUCGGCGGUCCGACGGAGCCGCCAUUAAUGGCGCGGCGGCGUGGGAGUUAGUUGCGAACGCGGUAUCGGCUCGAGUUAUGCCGGCAAUGGAUGCGGUUGUUAAGGUGUUUUGUGUUCAUACUGAGCCGAAUUUCUCGCUCCCAUGGCAGAGAAAACGGCAGUAUAGUUCGUCGAGUAGUGGGUUUGUGAUUGGUGGAAGAAGGGUUUUGACGAAUGCUCAUUCUGUGGAACAUUAUACUCAGGUUAAGCUCAAGAAACGUGGUUCUGAUACUAAGUACUUAGCUACUGUUCUUGCUAUUGGUACUGAGUGUGAUAUAGCUUUGCUUACAGUCAGCGAUGAUGAGUUCUGGGAAGGGGUUUCACCUGUGGAGUUCGGAAAGUUACCUGCUCUUCAAGAUGCUGUGACUGUUGUAGGAUAUCCAAUAGGAGGGGAUACAAUCUCUGUUACCAGUGGAGUUGUCUCUCGCAUUGAGAUCUUGUCUUAUGUUCAUGGGUCCACUGAAUUGUUGGGGUUGCAGAUUGAUGCUGCCAUAAACUCUGGAAAUUCUGGUGGUCCAGCCUUUAAUGACAAAGGCAGUUGUGUGGGCAUUGCAUUUCAGUCCCUGAAACAUGACGAUGCAGAGAAUAUUGGUUAUGUUAUACCUACACCUGUCAUCACACACUUUAUUCAGGAUUAUGAGAAGAAUGGGGCUUAUACAGGGUUUCCGAUUCUUGGUGUCGAGUGGCAGAAGAUGGAGAAUCCAGACCUACGCCUUGCAAUGGGAAUGAAAUCUGAUCAGAAAGGUGUACGUGUUCGUCGUGUUGACCCUACUGCUCCUGAGUCCAAAGUAUUGAAGCCAUCGGAUGUUAUACUCAGCUUUGAUGGGGUUGAUAUUGCAAAUGAUGGAACAGUUCCUUUCAGGCAUGGAGAGCGUAUGGGUUUCAGUUAUCUUAUAUCCCAGAAAUAUACUGGAGAUAAGGCUGAAAUCAAGGUACUGCGUGAUUCGGCAGUGCACACAUUCAACAUUAAACUUGGUACUCACAGAAGGCUCAUUCCUGCACAUAGCAAGGGUAGACCUCCUUCGUAUUAUAUAGUUGCAGGAUUUGUAUUUACGGCUGUUUCAGUUCCAUAUCUCCGUUCUGAGUAUGGAAAAGAGUACGAGUAUGAGGCCCCAGUCAAGCUUCUGGACAAGCUUUUGCAUUCAAUGCCACAAUCAAAAGACGAAGAGCUUGUUGUUGUAUCUCAGGUUCUUGUGGCUGACAUUAAUAUUGGGUAUGAAGAAAUCGUAAACACUCAGGUCCUUGCCUUUAAUGGUAAUCCUGUGAGAAACUUGAAGAGCUUGGCAAGUAUGGCAGAGUCCUGCAAGGAAGAAUUUAUGAAGUUCGAUUUGGAUUAUGACCAGAUAGUUGUUCUUCGGACAGAAACAGCAAAAGCUGCUACUGUAGAUAUUCUUACAACACAUUGUAUACCUUCGGCAAUAUCUGAUGAUCUUAAAACCUAAGCCGAAGAAAUACUCUUUUAGUUACCAGAUGAUGCUUCGCGAUAAUAGGCAUCAAAGGGAAAGCUGCAGCGCUGGACCGCUGGUUGAGUGCAUGUACUAUCAAUGGGAAAAAAGGUAUGAACUCAUCACGAGGCAGAUCUUGUUGCACUCCUGCCUGAAUUCCCGCCAUUUUGAAUAUUAUUAGGUCCUCAUUUUUUUCGGAAUUGUAUUCUUUAUAUGGAGAAAUUUUUUUAUUUUUAUUUAAUUUUUUGGAGAGACCGAUAUAAGUUGGACCUUGAAAGAAAUAGAGAUAGAUAGUCACAGUUAUUAGUUACAGGUGCGCAGGCGGCAGGCCAACUUGUAUGCUUAAGCAUGACUCGACUAGUCAAUAUGCUUUGUAAUUGCUAGACUGUAACCUUAUAAGACGCCAUGUUUUUGAAUUCAGGUUUAUACAAUAUAUUAUGUGUUCCUGUGUUUU